AUGACCUUUUUAAUUCUGAUUGAUAUAAAGAUAAAUUUGCCUCUCAAAUUCUAUCUACAUUCUGUUCAUAUCUAUCUAUCUAUCUAUCUAUCUAUCUAUCCAUUCAGAUAUUUUAUCAACACAGUAUUCGAUCCGAAGACAUCUAUGCGAUGGUCAGUCGCCCAAAAGGUUGGAAUCGAAAGAUUAUCGAGACAAGACAAAAGGACGUCAGCGGUUCCUUCACAUCCCAACGAAUUCUCUCCGGUUUGUUUGUCCGACACCACUUUCAGCGUUCACAACAUAUCCGCCAAAACAUACCCGAAUUUAUUUCUUUGGUUGGAAAACAGUUACAAUGUCCGCAUUGAAAUCCCGCUGCACAAACUUAAUAUGCGAAAAGCCGUCGCCCUUGCGAUAUUGUUUGACCUCGCAGUAAAGAUUAACUUGUUCCCUGUCGAUCUCCAUAUCUCUACCAGUCUUUUCGUCUAUUACUAUAUCUAUCUAUCUAUCUGUCUAUCUGUCUAUCUAUCUCCUGUUCAUUUAUAUCUAUCUAUCUAUCUAUCUAUCUAUCUAUCUAUCUAUCUAUCUCAAUUUAUUCAUAUCUAUCGCAAGCUAUUAAUAUCUCUCUAUCAAAUCAUAUAUAUCAAUCUCAAUCUAUCUAUCUAUCUAUCUAUCUGCUAUUUGAACAUAAUAUCAUUCUGUCUGUUUAAUCUAUCUAUCUAUCUAUCUAUCUAUCUAUCUAUCUAUCUAUCUGAGUCUGGUCAUUUCUAUCUAUCUAUAAUAAUAUCCAUUCUCUUUCUUUCGUCUUUCUUUCGUUCCUUCUUUCUUUCUUUCUUUCACAAAAUUCCCCGUGAAAUAUGUAUCAAGGCACUAAAUUGUACUGUUGAUCGCAGGUUUUUGUGCAUCAAUCGCACUGAUGCACAGGUGGAGAUAUUCCAGUAA